UGGCAGUGAAUGGGCAACACGUUGAGUGUAUGGCUGAGUGUGAGUCGUCUACGUGUGCCUCGACUGCAGCCAAAGCACUGACUAUACUCUCAAUCCAUUAGCCAUUCACGAAAUAUUUAGUAAUUAAUUAUCAUUUGAGUCAUUGAUUGAGACAUUGCUUGCGAUUAAUUUCAUUGGAUGACAACCGGAAUCACUUCGGCAGACAACUAGUGGUCAUGUCUUCGGAUCUGUUGUCUCUGGUGCUCGAGCUCUACAAUCCGUUGUAUUUGUUUCCCAUAAUCGGUGUCCUCUUCACGGCUCUCCUUGUCUUCACCUUUGGAUUCAAGUCAUCGACACAACCGUCGGAAGAGGUGUUCGACGCUCUCAACGACAAACACCACAAGACUUACCACCGAUUGCCAGAACCGGUCAAGAAGAAGAAGCAGAACCACAAUAAGGUGACCACUGCUAAGACCGACCUCAAGAGUGAACCCAAUGGACACAUAAACGAUGGAUCAGUUAAAGCGAGCGACAAGAAGACGACACCCAAGAAAUCAAGUGUUGAAUCAAAGCCAUCGGUAAAGACGGCCACAAAUACUAAUGUGGAGAACAAAACGGUUUCCAAAAGAGUGGCGAAGAAUAAGAGGAGCGACGACUCGCUUAAGAGGGAUGAGGUUGAGGACAAGGAUUCGGGCGAAUGGGUUGAACUCAUCUCCAGAAAGGAGCGAAAGAAUCGCAAACAAAAAGAGGAACAGCUUUUGGUUGAAUCGAAAAACAAAAGCAAUAAAUCGGAUAAAAAGCCCGAAAAGAGUCCCAAAAAGGAGUCGAAAAAAGGAAAGACAGAGAAAAGUGUUGAUUUGAAUGCUGUGACGAACGCCGAGACAAAGACCAAAGAGAAGCCCAUUAAAGCCGAAGAAGUGAAGAGCGAAGAGAAGUUCGACAAACAGGAGAUCGCAGUGAAUGGUGAGGAACAGGUGUCCGAAGAGCUCGAUAUCUAUGAGUUGGCCAAAGAGCAAAGAGUGGGCAAAAAAUGGCAAAAACGUAAUCAAAAGCGCGGAUCGGAGUCGGAAACGGCACUUAAGAGCGAGUCUUUGGCGGCCAGUGAUGCGACUAAUCUGGAUGUUCGCGACAAACUGACGGCCGCUAUAGUAGCCAACUAUGAGACCAAUGACCAGAACAAAGCGGAUUCAACGAGUACUGCAAACAACAAGAAGAAGAAGGAGAAGAACAAGAAGAAGACAAAUGCAAACCAAACGCCGACUCCAACAGUGAAUAAUGAAAACAGUGAUCGCAUUAAUUCUGUUGCAGUGAUUUCGUCGGAAAGUAGUGUCAAUGCAAUAGACAUUCCUAACGAAAUAAAACCGUCAGAAGAAGACGAGUUCAAGUCUGUGAGCAAAAAACGUCGGGCAAGACGUGAAUAAUAGCUCAUA